AUGGAGGUGAAAAUGUGGAGGUGGUUGUUUAGUUUGUUUUUCUUCUUUUAUGGUGUAGAUAAAAUUGAUUGCUCUAAGACCGUCGUGACUAUUGGCGUACUUCUGGAAGAUUUAAGUUCACAAAUAAAUAUUCCGCUAAACAGCACAAUUUACAAAAAAAAUCUGUUUGACCAGAGAGCUUAUUUUUCUACUAAAAUGAUGCAAGUAUCGUCUACAGAUACUUUUGAAGCAAGUUUAACACUGUGUUCCAUGUUGGAUUCCGACUUAGGAGUGGUGGCGGUUUAUUCAGAUUCUAUAAGAACAAUUCCGAUUUUAGAAUCAACCUGCACCUUUUUCGAAAUUCCAUUCUUAAUCACCAACUGGAAAUCUCCGUCUCCUAUAAAACGGGAUCCAGAGAAAGUCAGAGCUUUGAUUAAUUUUUUUCCCGAAGCAGAACUUUUCGCAAAAGGUUUGGCAGAUAUCGUGAGAAGUUUACAAUGGAGUAGUUUUAUUAUUAUAUAUGAAAAUGAAGAAGGUUUGAUCAGAAUGCAAGAAAUUCUAAAAUUGCAGGAACUGAAUCCUGAUUCCAAACAGAACAAUAUACUAGUGAUGCAAUUAGGGCCAGGACCGGAUUACAGGCCACUUCUUAAAAAAAUUCGAAACACGACAGAGGAUAAUAUCAUCUUAGAUUGUAACACGAAUAAAAUUAUGAUGAUUUUAACUCAAGCUAAGGAGGUUGGAAUGCUUGAACUGCACAAUAGAUAUUUCAUAACAUCUUUGGACGCCCAUACAUUAGAUUUGUCAUAUUUAAAUACAACUGCGAAUAUAACGUCGAUAAGGCUACAUGAUCCAAAAAGUGAUGAUUUUUUAAAUACUGUUCAUCGGUGGGAACUCACGGAAUUUGAAAAUCAUAACAGAAGGGUUCCUCUAGAUCCUCUUUCUAUUAAGACUGAAACCGUUCUAUUCCAUGAUGCUGUUCUUCUAUUAACUGAUACUGUAAACGCAAUGUCUAUAAGGCCAGGAAUAAACAUAAGUCCUCUAUCGUGUAACAGGACCGAAACGUCUCAAGAUGGGUUUACAUUAAGAAAAUACAUGUUAAUCAAUACCCCUUCCAUGACCUUGUCAGGACCUUUAAAGUUUAACGAUGAAGGUGGUAGAAUAGAUUUUAAUAUUCAUGUAGUUGAUAACAUUGAUGAUACAGUCAUAGCAACUUCAUACGCUGCAAAUAAUUCUUUGGUCCUACAUAGAGAUUAUAAUCAAACAAUGGAUGCAGCAGUUUUGAAUUUACAAAAAAUUACUGUCAUAGUAUCAUCAAGAAUUGGUGAACCGUAUUUAAUGUAUAGGCAACCUUCUUAUGAAGGAGAAAUUUUGACGGGCAAUAAUAGAUAUGAAGGAUAUUCGAUGGAUCUUAUUGCAGGUAUUGCCAAAAUUAUCGGUUUCAAUUUUCAAUUUGAGAUAACCGAAAAGUACGGAAAUUAUGAUCCGACAGAACGCAGAUGGAACGGUUUGAUUGGAGAAAUACUAGAAAAAAGAGCCCACCUUGCGGUUUGUGAUUUAACUAUUACACCCGAAAGACGAGAAGUAGUUGAUUUCAGUAUGCCGUUUAUGACUUUAGGUAUUGGUAUCUUAUAUUAUAAGGGAGAAGCAGAUAAAACCACAGACAUGUUCAAAUUUUUGGAACCAUUCUCCACGAGUGUUUGGAUAUAUACAGCUACCUUAUAUCUUGUUAUUUCGAUUGUUCUUUACUUUAUAGCCAGAAUGACUCCUGGCGAUUGGGAAAAUCCUCAACCAUAUGAAGAAAAUCCAGAAGAAUUAGAAAACAUUUGGGACAUAAAAAAUUGUUUUUGGCUUACCUUAGGGUCUAUUAUGACCCAGGGUUGUGAUAUAUUGCCAAAAGGCAUUUCUUCAAGAAUUGCAGUAGGCGUGUGGUGGUUUUUUUCAUUAAUUAUGACAAGUUCUUACACAGCCAAUUUGGCAGCCUUCUUGACCAAAGCUAGCUUAGAAGCACCGAUAGAUAGUGCUGAAGCAUUAUCCAAACAGACGAAAAUUAAAUACGGUUUGCUUUCAGGAGGAUCUACGGAAUCAUUUUUUGCGAAUUCCAAUUUUUCUACAUAUCAAAGGAUGUGGCUGAAUAUGCAACAAGCUAAACCUAGCGUUUUUGAAGCUUCCAACGACGACGGUGUUCAAAGGGUCCGAAAUACGAAAAACGCGCUCUACGCAUUUUUGAUGGAAUCCACGCAAAUAGAAUAUGUGAUGGCGACAAAACCUGACCUAAAGAGAGUAGGUGAUUUACUCGACUCCAAGAGCUACGGAAUUGCUAUGCCAAUGAAUUCACCCUACAGAAGUGCUAUAAACAAAGCAGUAUUAGAAAUGCAAGAAACUGGGGUUCUUGAAAAAUUAAAAAAGACAUGGUGGGAAAAAAAUAAAGAAGAGCCGAAGGAUUCCGAACAAGACACAGGAGACGAAACAGACAGUCUCAAACUUGGUAUAUCAAACUUAGGAGGUAUCUUCUUAGUUCUUGGAAUUGGUAUAGCGAUGUCUUGUGCUUUCGCUAUUGUGGAAUUCUUAUGGAACUGUAGAAAUAUUUCCGUGGAAGAACAUAUUACAUAUAUGCAAGCCCUUAAACUGGAACUAAAAUUUGCAUGUAACGUUUUUAUUACAAAAAAGAGAGUCAAACCAUUACUGUCAGAAGCAUCUUCAUCAGAAAGCGAAAAAAAUGAAGAAAAUAAAAAUGACAGCAAGAGUAUGAUUCACGGUAUUCUACAAAGUGCAGAAUCAAAUCUAAACAUAGUUCAUUGA